AUGGCCUCAGUUCAACCCACUCAAAGGCCACCACCUUUGUUCGCCAAGCUACUUCGAUUGGAUAAUCCAAUUCGAAGCUUGACUGUGGCAUUUUGGCUAUGGAAGGUUUUGCUAUACAUUGUUGUCACUACCUGCCCAGGGUUGGGCUAUGACACAUCCACCUCUUUGCUUUCUUAUACCGAUUCAAGUGUUGCCAGCAAGUCCGAGUCUCUUUCGGGUCCUCUCAAAUUCGCGAGAUGGGACAGUAUCUACUUUCUAGAUAUCGCUGAAAAGGGUUACAUAUUUGAACAAGAAUGGGCUUUUGGCUACCCAAAGCUUUUGGGUGUCUUCGUCUCUGGCAUUCGUCUGUCCGGGGGUGUUACUGGACCAGCUAGCACUGCAAUGGUGGGAGUGGUUAUCUCGCAUGUCACCCAUUACUUGUCCGUCUUGGCACUUUAUCGACUGUCAGCCAAUAUAUUUGGUCAUGCCACAGCCACUCAGCAUCUAAUUUGUUUCCUUUCGGCGGCCCUACACAUUAUCUCACCGGCAGGUGCCUUCCUGUCUGCACCGUAUGGAGAGCCGAUAGUCUCUUUCCUCAACAUAACUGGCUUCUACCUCUACUCGUCGUCGCUCAUUGCAGAACGCAAUGGGGCAACAUGCCUUCGGGACGUGAGGGUUCUCACCUCGGCCGUUCUUUUUGCUGUGGCCACCAUGGUUCGCAGCAAUGGGCUUCUCAGUGGGUUCUUGUUUGCCUACGAUGCAGUGGUCUUGACUUGGAAGACCGUGACUCAGGGGCCUACACUGCACAACACUAUCCGCCUUGCCGUCAUCAUUCUGGCUGGCUGUAUUGUUGCCUCGAGUAUUGUCAUACCUCAGAUUUUGGCAUAUCGCAUCUACUGUCUGGCCGAAGCCGAUGUUCGAUCGUGGUGUGAGUGGACUGUGCCUAGCAUCUAUGGCUGGGUCCAGAGUCAUUAUUGGGAUGUUGGAUUCCUUCGAUAUUGGACUAUUUCCAACAUACCUCUUUUCCUGCUGGCAACGCCCAUGUUGGUCGUUUUAUGCAAAUCUUCAUUGUGGGCAUUGAAGAGCCCCUCUUCGUCCUCGACUAGCCCGGGGUCGAUGCUCACUCGGUUGGCGAUUCCCCAAGGCAUACUGGCAGUCAUGGCGUUUACAAGCUACCAUGUCCAGAUUAUCAAUCGGAUUUCGUCGGGAUACCCUUUGUGGUAUUGGUACCUGGUAACCAGUGCCGUGGACUUUGAGUCCAGCUCACUGAAGAAGAGCCGCACUCUAGUCGUUGCUGUGUAUAGCAUGGUGGCCUAUGCAUUGAUCCAGGGGGUUCUUUUUGGUUCCUUUUUGCCGCCGGCAUGA